AUGGCGGAUCUUCGCGAAGAAAAUGCUUCGUUAGUCGAUCAAAAUUCGAACAAUAAAAUACUCGAUCCACGCGGACGCUAUCUCCGCUGGAUAGCUAUGAUUUUCAUGUGUUUUUUACCCUUUGGUGCUUACUACUGUGACGACAAUCCUGCUGGUUUACAGGAUGUGAUGAAAGAAGAUUUGAAAAUUUCAUCGUCAACAUUCACCUCUUUCUAUUCGUGGUAUUCAUGGCCGAACGUGAUAAUGAGCGCUGUCGGCGGUGUUUUGAUUGACAAAUGGCUUGGCGUAGCUCGGGGGGCUACCAUCUUUUGUAGUAUAGUAGUCGUAGGUCAACUUGUCUUUGGUGUCGGUGGCUUUUUUCGAUUGAUAUGGGUUAUGAAUAUUGGAAGAUUUAUUUUUGGCGUUGGUAGUGAGUCACUUUCCAGUGCUCAAAGUGCCUAUACUGUUUCAUGGUUUUUCGGAAAACAGUUGAACUUCGUAUUUGGUUUGCAGCUAUCAUUUUCUCGAGUUGCUAGUCUCAUCAAUCUGAAUACCAUUCGUCCAAUUUACGAUUCCCUAGAUAGUCAUAUAUCUGGUCCGAGACGUAUCGGGGUUACACUAUUAAUAGCCGCCUCAACAUGCAUCUUUUCACUUGGCUGUGCUUUAAUUCUCUGGUGGCUAGACAAUCGACAUCGUCGGGGACACCACAAAGAUAAUCCCAAUGAUGCAGCUGCGUCAUUAUGGCCACUUGUUGCAUUUCUCGUUCCCAAACAAAUGUUGGGCACUGCCUAUGGGCUGAUGCAAUCGAUUCAAAAUUUGGGUUUUGCCAUUAUAAAUAUACUUACCGGUUUAAUUCUUGAUCAAUACGGAUAUUUUAUGCUGGAAAUCUUUUUCAUCGUAUGCCUUGAAAUCGCUCUGUUGGCUGCUGCUUUUCUCUAUGUUUACAAUUCGUUCAAGAAAGGAUUGCUCAAUGAUUCGCCUGCAGUUCGGCAAGCCAAACAAGAACAACUCCUAAAGAUGUCUUCACCUCCUCAAAUAUUUAUCAAUGCUAUCACUUCUACACCGGUGGACCCAGAGAAUCGUGAAAAAACUCGAGCAACAACGAACAUCCAGGCAAACGUAUCAUCAACUUGUUAA